GUACAGUGACACGUGAUGCAUGCAUUCCCCCAGUUGUAUUGGCUGAAAACGGGUUACUGACUACACGUUUAUGUCUGGCAUAUGCUGCUUUCUACUAGAAAAAAGGAUUAUUCUCCCUCAGUUGGGUUGAUAGUAGGCCCAGCAGGUCUAUUGUGAAUUCUUAAUAAUGGACUCUGACAUACUGAAUAUUGAGGAAAUGGUAAUGGGAGGUGGAGAAGCUGCUGCCCCUGAUGAAUUGGCCCCUGAGAAGGUGGAGAAUACAUACACCACCAUCAUUAUUCAGAAUCCUCAACCAGCUCCUAUCAUUCAAUCAUACCAGCAUGAAAGUCUGCAGUGUUUCCAAUGUUUUAUCACUUUCUGCAAUUCAAAAGCCAAGGAAAGGCACAUGAAGAAGAGUCAUCGGGAAGAGUACAAACAGCAACUGCAGCAGUGCGAUACGCUGUUCACUUGCUAUGUGUGUGACCGUGACUUCCCCUCCUCCGAAGAGCUGACACAGCAUCAGUCGACCCACAACAAGGAGGACAAACCCUUCAAAUGUGCACACUGUCAAGAAUGCUUCCGCACAUUCUCAGAGUUGACAACACAUCGACGGCAGGUAUGUCCUGAACGUCAAUUUUUGUGCAAAGAAUGCAAUGAGAUGUUUCGAAGCCCUGGACUCUUGCGUAGCCAUCGUUUGGCCCAGCACCCUGUUCGUCUUGAGGGAGAGGAUGCAGAUGAUCCCACCAAGACUUACCGAUGUGGUAAAUGUGGUAAGGGUUUUGAAGAAGAGACAGAGCUCCUGCAACACCAAGAAAAUCAUGCAGGUGAACAGCACUGCAACGGUAGCGCCCCGGUCAAGCGCAGAGGGAGAGCCCCAAGAGCUGAGAGUGCAGCUGCUGGUGAAAAGAAACUAAAGAGAGAGGAGGAAGAGACUGGGGAGACCAACCAUUCAGAAGGUGAAGCAAAGGUGAAGACGGGAGGAAGACGAGGGCGACAACCCAAAUCUGCCCAAGAUGCUGUUCCACAGCCAUCUCGGCAGAUCCCGUGCACUGAAUGUGACCUCACUUUCCCCGCCCUGGCACUACUCCGGGCACAUAAGAAAGAGAAGCACACACAGCGGAAGCCUCACCCUUGUGGAGAAUGCGAGGAGAGUUUUAACCGACCAGAGCAGCUGAAGGCCCACAUGGCUCGGGCCCACAGUGCUGGUCGGUACACUUGUCCCACAUGUGGAAAAAGCUUUAGCAGAGAGAGUAACCUGAAGGCUCAUCAACAGACCCAUGGAAAAGAAGAGAAGCCAGCUGGUCAGGAAAAGAGAUAAUUCAGUAUGGGAGACUGUUUUAUGUGUUUGCUAACUAAAGAAGGAUUCAAUAUUUUAAAACGUUUCAUGUAUAGACAAGUAAGCCGGGUUAGGGUUUACUUUAGGUUUGAAGAUUUGUAACACAGCAGGGGAUCGUUCAGCUCAGUGAGGCUACAGUUCAACACUAUGUGACCAUGUUAUAUGAAAUCUAGAAACCCAAAGGGUAGUGGUAAUCAUAUUUGGCUGCCUCAUUUUAUCAUGACAUCUGUACAUAGUUUGGCAUGGUAAGCAAAAGGGAUUCAUGCCACAACAACUGAAUUCACAUCAGUUGGAUAACCAUGUUGUAACUAAUAUAAUAAUACGAUCAUUAUAAAUCCAAGAAAAAGCCUUCUUAGAUCACUGGAGGCUUUAUAUAGUUUUACUUUUUCUUUUUUGUUGUUGAAAUUUUAAAGACUUUUCUAUUAAUAUAAUGUGUGUUAUGGUUUUACAUUAUUUUUAGAUUUGCAUUCAAUGGUGGGUUGAAAGGUGUGAUGAUAAUUUUUAAUGAGUUCUGACUAAAUUUGAUUUGCGUUCCCAUUUUAAAUAAUAGUAUAAGAUUUGACAUGACAAUUGACUUAAAUGUUACCCACAAAACAGUUUGCCAAGUUGAGUAAAAUGUUUUAAAUGUAUGAACAACUGAUUGAAAAUAUUUUAAAUGUCUUCUUAUUUUUUUCCUUUGUUGAUAUUAUUGCAAUUUAUGGUGCAGCUAUAAAGCA